GUCACCAUGAGGGCCGGCGGGAGUUGCCUGGCUACGUGGCGGGGCCGACAGUCUUGGAUUGACCACAGUGCCCGCCCGGCCGACACUCCGCGGCACCUCCUUUGCUCCCGCCCUGCCCCACUCAUCUCGACUCACACUCCUGCUCAGUCUCUACUCCUCGGUGACUCCUCGCAUCCUAAAGUCAGUCUGAGGGCAUGGAGAUGAGUGUUUAUCAGUGGUCACGCCAAGAAGGAAGGGAGUCCGCUCACUAAUUAAAAGGCGUCCAGGUGAAUCAUGCUGCAGGUGCUGAGAGUGAGGCUGCAGGAGACGCCCACGUUGUUACUGUACCAGCAAGAGAACACCUCCGUAAACAUUGCUGACCCAGAGGCGACCACCUACGUGAAGGAUUGGCAGGUCUAUUUGCAGAAGCGACAGACGGGUCAGGUACGCACAAGGAUGGUCACCUGCCAGACGGUGCCAAAGUAUUACGUGGACAAGCUCAGCCAAAAGUCAGCCGUGGAAAGAAAGGAGACGGGCAGCUGGGCGACGCAGUGGGAUAUGCAUGAUGAGUACGAGAGGAUCAAAGCCAGGGCGCGGCGGUUGUCCAAACAGAAUGAUGGUUCGCAACGAAGACGGCCGCAAGCUCACUCCCAGGUGUACAUCGGCGACGUAAAAGCGACCAAGAAGCUCUGCUUCCAGACGGGGAGUCAUGACGGAGGUGAUGGAGUUAGUGGAGGGGGAGGAGAUGGUGGAAGUGGUCCAGCACGCGGGGUGGAGUCUGUCGGCCUGUUACGAGCACUAGGGUGGGUGGAACGUCAGUUGUCCUCUUCGAAGAACAUACGACUGAUGCAUGAAUUCAUAAGCGGACAACACCAGGUGAAGGAACGCCGUAAGUUCAGCAUGUCGUGUAACAAGGCGAGUACCCGGCUGUUGUGGCGCUAUGACUCAAAGGCCACAAAGGAACAGCGUGUCAACAGCCUUACUUUCCUCAAGACGUCCCCGUGGCUGGUGCUGGCUACCCACGGAACACUCAGCUUUACUACGCAGGGUGAGGGACUGCUGGUGGGAUGGAACGUCAAGAAAAUCAAGCAGCCUGAGCUAUGGAUACGGACGCCUCGGCCUGUCACAGUCGUCAGCUCGUGCCCAUCCGCCCCGCAGCUGUGUUGUGUGGCAUUGCUGGAUGGGACCCUUCUCGUGUACCAGCUGGACAACCCUAACCCGAAACUUGUCCUGGACACGAGCGGCAGCGUAGACAAGCACGGAAUGCCGGUGUGGGCGGUGGAGUGGCGCGACUCUCAGCUCAUGAGCAGCACCGCCACUAAGAAGACCCUCUCGCCCGCAGGGGAAGGCCCGCCUUCUUUCAGGCGUCUUGUACUCGACCUGCAGAGUCCGCAGCUGAGUGGGUCUGAGAUCGCCUAUGUGUUGGUGUCUUCUUCUGAGGACGGCACGGUCAAGGAGUGGAUCUUUGUCAGGGGGAGUCUGUUGUGCUGCACCACCCUGCUCAACGUACGUCUUCCCCUGUGGCUCUCCAUAAAGAUUUCUGGAGGCAUCGAAACCUUGCUGGAGGCGCGGCAAGGAGGGCAGGGUUUAGGGGGGCUGCCCAUACCCCAGAAAGUGCCGGCAACCUCAAUGCACUUUCGCCCGGGUGACAAAACAACGUAUCUGGUGGGCACUGCUUCCGGGGAGGUGUUGCUGUGCCGCACCUUCGAACGUGACCGCGUGGGAGGUGUAUACGCGGGGCACACCGCGCAGGUGACGCGAGUAGAGUGGCGCUUCGCAGGGGAGGAGGCCAAUUCCAUCUUCUUGUCGGCGGCGUUGGACGACUCGAUCCGCGUCUGGUACAUCGACAAACCGGUGCCGAUCGCGGUGCUGCGACUCGUCGAGGAAGUGGCUGGCGGAUACGUGGACGCGUGUUGGUGUCCCUGGUACGGCAAUCUGAUCGCUGGCGUGCACGGCGCGGGGCUCCACCUGUGGGACAUUUCGCUCUCCACACACACGCCAAUCAUCUCCAGAUACGUAUCCGGCGCCACUUGCGUGGCCUUCAGCCCACACACAAGGAAUGUGAUGGUUGGGGACAAGGACGGGCAGGUGAGCGUCUUCCACCUGGAGGGGCUGGAACUCUCUGCCAGUGUUUUCCUGAGGUACUCCACCAAGAUAUCAAAGCUGGCCAAGAUCGGCGUCAUCCCCGUUGAGAGCAAAGAGUGAUACCGCAUGCACACUGGCAGUCCGAAGAUGCGUUAAUCUGAAUAUCUUAGACAAAAAUGAUGGUUAGAGAGAACAGAAGCAAGUAAAGGAGGCGAAAAAUGAGGAAGAAGGAAAGCCAAGGUGAAAAACAUUACGGUGGUGACAAGAAACAAACUGAGAUGCAUUGGCCAUGAGGAAAGAUGAUGAAAAAACAGAUAUAAGAUUUGGGAAAGCAUCUGUUGGAGGAAGAUCGAAAGGGGUGAAAAUAGAGAACUGAGGAGAGAUGGACUCGGAAUUACAAACAGUGACUACGAUGAAACAGAGGAAGAGGCGAUGUAGCAAAAUGAUUGGCAAAGACAUACCUAAUUACUCGAGGGAGACGUAAAAUAAAAUUCCUUCCAUGUAUUCUUCGUUUUUUCUUCUGCUAUUAUUUGAUAAUAUUAAAAGAGAAGGAAAAACUGCAGAUAAGAGGGAAAGAAGACGUAAUAGGAAAACUUUGAUCGGGAGCAGAGUAAUCUAGGAGAGAAAAAAAAAGAACUUAAAGAGAAAGGAUUGUAAAAUAAGACUAUGUCGAAAGUUUGGGACAACGAAAGUGUAGAAGCAGGUAGAAAAACGAUAGAUAGAUGAAGUGGUGAAGGACGACCAGGAGAACAAAGGAGAAAAGACAAGGAAAGAGAAGGUGCUGCUGAAUAUGUUCUUUAUGGAGGCAACACAACAGCUAUUAUUAAUCUUUGCGUUAAACUUAAAUACAUAUAAAUAUCACUCA